UCAAUAGUAUAAAGUUGACACCUUAUAUAAACUUCACUUUUUUUUAUUAUAUUUCUCUAAACAUUUGAAUACAGAGUCUAGGUUAGGGUAGGUUUAGGUGCUUAGAAAGAUGCACAAACCAAGUUUUCAAAUGGGUAGAUAACAAACAAAGAAAAUAUUUCUUCUUUCUUUCUCUCUCUAAACCAAGAAUAUGAGAGAGAGAACAUUAGGAAAUAAAAUAAGAAACAGCCAGGCUUUCUCAAUAAGUUCCUUCCUAAGAAAGGUUCUUCGGCUCAAAAAAGAAUGUAUAUAAUUGGUUUUCUUGCAAAUACAAUUCUCUCUAUUUGCCUGCAUAGAUACAGGAAUUCCCACCCCCUAAGAGACUACUUUCUCUCUCGGCUCUAUCCAUUACUUAAUUUCCAAGCUUUGACAAUUCAAUAGCAGUAUUUGUUACAGAUUCGCACAAGGAAAAGAUACAUAGAGAGAAGGGAUGGGUGCAAUUAUAGAACAGGUUUCAAUGAUAAGAAAAGGAGAAGAGUACAUGGAUUUGCCUCCUGGCUUCAGGUUUCACCCCACAGAUGAAGAACUAAUCACUUCUUAUCUCAUUGAGAAGGUCAUGAAUGGUAGCUUCACUGCUAGAGCCAUUGGAGAGGCCGACUUGAACAAGUGUGAGCCAUGGGAUUUACCAUGGAAGGCCAAAAUGGGGGAAAAGGAAUGGUACGUUUUUUGUCUUAGAGAUAGAAAGUACCCCACAGGUUUGAGGACAAAUAGGGCCACAGAGGCUGGAUAUUGGAAAGCCACAGGCAAGGAUAAGGAGAUUUACAAAGGCAGGAAAACAUUGGUUGGAAUGAAAAAGACACUGGUUUUCUACAAGGGGAGAGCCCCAAAGGGAGAGAAGACAAACUGGGUCAUGCAUGAAUACAGAUUAGAAGGCAAAUAUUCCUACAACAAUCUCUCUAGGACAACAACAAAGGAUGAAUGGGUGGUUUCUAGGAUAUUUCACAAGAGCUCAGCUGGGAAGAGAGCUCCUUUCUCAGGGUUGCUGAGAAUAAAUUCCUUUGGAGAUGAACUUCGUUCUCCCUCUCUCCCUCCAUUAAUGGACUCUUCGGUGACUAAUGCUUCUUCGAGCCUCAUGGAUGAUGGUAUUAGAGAGAGAGUGGAUAUGCCCAGCUUCUCCACUUCUCUGGAGGAACAGAAUGAUCAGCUAAUGAGUUUUGGCCUGAAUCGUUAUGGUGGACUUGGACCAGGUGGUGUUAAUCCUGGUGCAACAUCUCACAACCCCGCGUAUCAUCCCCAUUUCUCUCGCUUCAAUUCUCUCUAUCCUUAUCAAACACCUUCAGGUUUCAACACAAUGAACCACCCCAGAAACAAUCAAGCUCCUCUCUAUCUACAUUCGAGUCUGGACACUUCUGAUCGGGCCAUGUUGAGGACGGUGGCCGAUGGCCAUGGAGCAAAGCGGUUCAAAGUGGAGCAAGAGAGAGGCUCGUCUCUCUUACAAGAACCACCGAGAUGUGUGGUUUCAAACCAGUCCAUGGUCAGCAUUUCUCAAGACACAGGCAUGAGCACAGAUGUUAACACCGAGAUCUCUUCUGUGGUUUCAAAGCAUGAGUUUUGCAGCAGGCCUUUUGAAGAUCUUGAGGCACUUUCCUCUUCUGCUGGACCUGUAGACCUCGAUUGCUUAUGGAAUUAUUAAAAAAAGAGUUUUACUUAGAGAGAGAGAGAGAGGCCUUUUUUAUUUGUAAAUGUUUAGAGGAAGAUCAAAUAGCAGAGAUAUAGAAGAAGAAGAACCGCACAUCUUUUCAUCAUGUGUUUCACAAUGUACAUUCACCCCAUAACCCUUUUACAUGUACCAUUUGUGGAUUCAUUAAUUGUUUCAAUAAGCAGUGUGACAAAAGAAUCUAUUUUCUC